AUGAGAGCGGAAGCCAGUAAAUGGAACUAUUCCACAAAAAAUAAUUGGGCUAAAGAGUAUCCCAAGUACUGCGCUGGACAUCGUCAGUCGCCCAUCAACAUCGCCAAGCAUAAAACUCCCUGGAAGUGGUUUGGCAGAGUCCAGCCUCUGACAUUGCGUGGCUACAACUCGGUGCCUAACUCCAUCACGGCUGUAAACAAUCUUCACACUCUUUCAGUCACUGCUGAGUACUUCAGGAAGCCUCGCAUAUUCGGUGGGGAGCUCCUAUCCUCAUACGAGUUUCUGAACUUCCACUUCCACUGGGGCUCUGACGAGACCAAGGGAUCUGAACAUACCAUAAAUAAUGUGCAGUAUCCCUUGGAGCUCCACAUCGUGCACACGAUGGUGGGCGUGCCACAAGAAAAGGCUCUCGAAAGAAGUCGAGGGCUGGCAGUACUGGGAAUCUUUUUCAAACUUUCUAGUAUAGACAAUCCCGCCCUCAGCCGGUUACUAAAUACCAUCCCUGAGAUCAACCUAAACCGAAAUCGCACGGCGAAUGUACCGAACCCGUACGCACUGUCGUCGCUGCUUCCCGACGACCUGAGCAGUUAUUACCGCUACGAAGGCAGCCUCACGACGCCCGUCUGCAACGAGGUCGUCGUGUGGACCGUCUUCGAGCAGCCUCUGCCCGUCUCCAAGGCCCAGCUGGAUGCACUUCGGACUUUGAAAGACCAUAACAACGAACCACUACAGGACAACUACCGCAACCCUCAGCCCCUGAAUGGCCGAAAAGUGUACCGGUCAUGGCCGUAGCCUGCUGGUCGUUGCAAUAAACCAGACGAGCGGCUCAGAAGAUGACUUGACCGAUAUUUACCAUUCCAUGCACGCGAGUUAUUAAAUAGGUCAUUAAUUGAAUAGAAAAUGUACAACGCAAACUAUUUUGGUUUAUUUCGGUUAUGGAAAAAUGUAAAAAUUAGGCCUUGAAUGAUGGAAACGACGAUUGCCGAUAUUGUGUAUGCGUGUACAAUUUCCGUUAUUCAAGGCUGAUUUUGGCUGCAAAAAUGAGCUAAGUAGUCGCCGUUUACUAAAAUAUGUCCCAAAUAUUACAAAUUUAAUUUGAAAUGAAGUUUAAAGCGAAAACUUGAACUUUAUAGGCUUGACCUACAGUUGAAGGAAAAAUGGUAAGCGUAAAUUAAUUAUUUUAAUUUUUUCCUGAAUAUGGAAAUAAUCAAAGACCAAAUGCUAUUUGCUCAAAAUUCAAAAAAGAGAAACCGUUGCCUUGCAGUUUUAGUUUUAGAAGAGAUAUAUCGAAUCGUUAGAGUGGUUCUAUUAAAGCAAGGGGAUUAAUUACUAAUACUAUUGAAGAGACGUUGAUAGCCAUACUUCCAAUAAAACACGUUGUAUGCAAAAGCAAUAAUUACUAAUACUAUUGAAGAGAUGUUGAUAUAAAAACUCCUAAGAAAAUAAGUUUGUAUCACGUGCAAGUUAGUAGCUACUCUGUUUUGCAAUUCGCAGUUGUCCGUCUCUGUGUUGUGCUCUAUCUUUGCUAUGUAUUUUUUCGGUGUGCAACUUUGGUUUCUAGUAGAGUUUUACGAGCCUUGAGAUUCAUUAGAAUUUUUUUAGAUAAUUUUUCUGUAUUGACUCGUGUAUUGUUUUUUUUUUUGUUUUUUUUUUUAAUUCUCCUUUGUUGAUGUUCGAUGACAGCAUUGGAUCGACUGAUCCAAUGCAUUUGGUGUCGCCUUGUAUGAACUUUGCAACAUUCGAUGUCAUUUGGAUGCAUUCUCAAACAAUUGUCCAGGCAUGGACAUAAUUUAUUUAAAUCUUCGAUCACGUUAUAUAACUUGUUGAAACAUUAAUUAUUAGAAAUGCUGUCAAAGACGUUGACUUUGUUUCGCAUUUAAAAUUCAUUCUGAGCAAAUAAAA